AUGAUUGGUCCCUCUCUUUCACUGCCACCCACAGAAGAAAACACAUGGUGGUCUAACUUCCUAUCUUAUGUCGCUGCGAACGACUCCGUGCCGGACUUAUACACCUGGCACCACAUUGAGGCACUUGAUAACCCCGCCAAUGACCUUCAGAACAGCUUGGUCACUUUCAGCAACAUGCGAUCUGCCGCCGGUGCUCCAGAGAAACCCAUCAACAUCAACGAGUACCUCAACCUUGCCGAUGAACUCAACCCAGCGACAACAGUGUGGCACCUGUCCCGAUUUGAAAGAUACGAUACUUCGGGUCUGCGCUCCAAUUGGCGUGGAGGUCCAGAUGGUUCUCAUCUACGUGAUUUCCUGGCCAGUCUCAUAUGGCGAGACAAUGAGAACCUCCCGUACCACACAAACGGUGACUGGCAGGCACUGAAGUACUACAACCUUAAAAUGACCGGUUAUCGAGCCGGUACAACUGGUUCUGAAGACCGAAUAUUCGAUGUUUACGCCACGGUCGGGAAUGACAAAGUACGUGCCCUUGCUGGGGUGCGGGUCAAGACGGGCACCUGGGCCCUGACUUUUAAGAACCUCAGUGCUGUGGGCCUGCCCCCGGCCGGGGAACUGAAGAUCCAGACUUGGGGGUUUACCUACGAGAUCCCCGAAGCCGAGUUGGAUGCUCCUACGGACCGCGGCAUUGCCACCCACUCUUACACGAACGACGAGAUCACCAUAGCGAUUUACCAGACGGAGGAAAAUUGGAAAACUGCGUGGGCAUUCGAGUUUCUGGUCUAG